AUGUCCUUGACCUACUCUGACAACCUGGCGCCUCAGCCCAUGACCGAUAUUUUCACCAAUGACACCUGCAUCGACAGACGGCAAUGCCACCGCACCGUGCCCAUGAAGGUGCUCGCUCUGGGAGUCGGAAGAACAGGAACUGCCUCCCUUCGCAUUGCUCUGGAGCGUCUCGGCUAUCUGAAGUGCUACCACAUGAUGUCUGCCAGUAUGGAGAACCCGCCAGACUGCCUCAUGUGGCACGAUGCUCUCCGCGCUAAGUAUGACGGGGUGGGCGAAUUUGGCCGUAAAGAAUGGGACCAACUUCUGGGAGAGUGUCAGGCCGUAUGCGACUGGCCCGCCUGCGCCUUUGCUAAGGAGCUGAUCGAAGCCUAUCCCAAUGCUAAGGUCAUUCUGACCACCCGUGAAGUGGACUCAUGGCACGCCUCUGUCAUGAAGACCGUCCACUGGCGUGUCUCCGACCCCGAGCACCGCUUCGUUUCGAACUUCAGCUGGGCUGCCAGCAUGUACUACCCAAUGUUGAACAAGUUCUUUGAGACAUUUUUCCGUGGCGACUUCCCCAACAAGGGCAAGCAAGUGUACGAAGACCAUGUCGCGGAGGUCCGCAGCCUUGUUCCUCCCGAGAAUCUCCUCGAAUACAAGAUCAGCGACGGUUGGGGCCCGCUCUGCGAGUUCCUCGGCGAGGAAGUUCCAGACACUGCAUUCCCUCGAGGAAACGACAUGGCCGACUUCUUCAAGCGCUGCCGUGGCCGGAACAGGCGACAGAUGGCCAAUGCCGCUCUUCAAGCUGUGACGAUGGGCGGCGCUGUCAUCGCCGCCGGCUUUGUUGCUGCUACUAUUUUCAAGCGCUUCUCCCGGUGA